CCAGCUCGGCGUUUUUCUAGGCCUCCAUACUACCAACAUGGUUAAACUGAACCUCGGAUAAAGUGAACACCUUCUUCUGGUCCCAAAGAGUUCCAUUUAAACGGACUCCACUGGUUUUUUUAAUCCCCCUGACUAAGCGUACAUUCUCCAGACAGGCGUUUUAAAAAGUAGUCUGCAUCCUGCUGAACUGUUUUCAUUCACUCGUUCACCCCACUAGCCAACGGCCGACGUCACAAAGCUCGCGCAAAGAUCUAUCAGUUGCUUCCAGGCAAGGAGGAAGUUAUAGCUAUACAGUUAGUUCUAAGGUCCUUGGUUGCUUUGCUCACCGUCUGUGAUUCGCUUUUGAGUUGAGAGAUUUGAACGAAAACCUAGCAGUCACGAUGCCUGUACAGAAGGUGAAGGAUUUUCUGGGUUUUUCUAUGAACCUGUACGUUUUUGAGAAAAAGCCGCAGUACUUUGGUGGGGCUUUGUUUAAUCACGACAUGAUGGAAAAUAUGCCGGACUACCCACUCAGGGAGGAUGACGUCAUCCUGUGCUCCUACCCCAAGUCCGGCUGUCACUGGGUGUGGGAGAUCUCCCGACUGCUGAUGAGUGGCCGGACAAGUGCGGACAAAGUGGACAAAGAACAGUUCAUGAUGGAGGCCUCUAAAUGUUUCAAUUCAGGCGACAUAGAUGAUCUCCCAUCUCCCCGACUUCUCAACAACCAUGCAUUCUUUGAGCAACAGCCCAAAGACAUCUUAAAGAAAGGCGUCAAGGUGAUCCAUGUGUACAGAAACCCCAAAGACGUGGCAGUCUCCUACUUUUAUCACAAUUCUAGGAUCCCAGCUUAUAAAUACAGCAACUCGGACUUCUCCAAAUAUCUGCCCCGGUUUGUGGACGGUCUAGUAGCCAGCAACUGUGUCUUUGACUACAUGAGAGACUGGGAGAGAGCCAUCAACGAGCAGAAAGAUCUCAAUGCCUGUGUUAUAUGUUAUGAGAAUAUGCACGAGAACCCACUGGAAGAGGUUCGAAAACUGGCCAAGUUUUUGGGCAAAGACUACGACGAUGAGUUUCUACAGAAAGUGAUAAAUGCUACCACGAUGGAGAACGUCAUAAAGCAGAAAGACAUACUACACAAAGACAAGUCUGGGCCCAUUAUGUACCGGAAAGGCAAAGUCGGAGACUGGAAAAAUCACUUCACAGUUGCUCAGAGCGAAUGGUUUGACCACAUCACACGGAGCAGGAUGGGAAGCUCUAAGAUUUACACAUUCAAAUAUGAGAUUUGAAGUCUGAACCAUGACCAAUGAACAACACUUCGAGUAUUUUCUUCGCCAGUAAUGCAGAGGAGAGCUAAUUAUAUUUUCAUUGUUAACAGAUUCUCAUGAUCAGUGAAAUAAUUAUUAUUUCAUAUACUAUUAUAUAAUAUGCCGAUACUACAUUUUAAACAUAUAUGAUUAUAUUUACAUUUGAUACAUUACACUGGUUUUUACCUUGCAAUAAAGUUUGUACAAUCUA